UGGUGGUAAAUCCUCUUCUACACCAGCUAGCCCGCCUUUAGUCCAAAUCCAGGCACAGCUGGUGCAUUCCUUCCAACCUGUCCGGGAGCGUGAGCAUACCUGCAGGACAAGGUCUAUUUUGGGGAUGACGCGUUCCUAGAUCGACCUUGGCAGGGAAAUAGUGCCAAAAUCAGGAGUGCCUGCAUGAUCAAGACAUGAGAAGAUGGAUUUUUUUUUUUAAUGACUGAAUUUUUAUUUUUUUCCCCCCGCAUGCCUGCGAACGCCCACGGUGCUCUUAUUUAUUAGCGUGGGACAUUUUGCAGGAUUUAACACAGAAGAAGAAGAAGAAGAAGAAGGUGCGCGCUCACGGCCGCUGGCACCAUCAGCAUCCCUUGCGCGCGUCCCCGCGCCCGCAGAGGAGAGUUGCGGGAGUUAAAGUUGACGCCACGCAGCGUGGACAUCCCACCCACGGAUCAACAUUUUCAGCAGCCUUAAAAAGUGAAGGAUGGCGUGGAGCGUAUUGACUUUGUGCCUGCUGUGUUUGGCGCUGCGCCAAUGCUCGUCACAAGAAUGUGUGGACCCGCUGGUGUCCAGCCUCUACGCGUCCUCCUUUCUGGCCUCCUCCAGAUAUAACUUUCUCUACUCUGCCAAUUUUGCCAAGUUGUAUGGCAGCAGUGGCUGGUCGCCGUCCGCCAAGGACCGACAACCGUGGCUGCAGGUGAACCUGGGCAGGAAGUACCGCUUGAGGGCCAUCGCCACCCAGGGCACCUUCAACUCGUACGACUGGGUCACCAAGUACACCCUCCUCUACGGGGACAGGCCAGACUCCUGGACGCCGUACAUCAUGAGAGGAGGCAACUCUACAAUGCCUGGAAACUGGAAUUAUUACCAAGUGAAGAGGAACGUCUUCCAUUAUGCCUUCACCGCGAAACACAUUCGCCUGCUGCCUCUGGCGUGGAACACGGAGAACGGAGGGAAGAUCGGCGUGCGGCUGGAGCUGUUUGGAUGCCAUUAUGAUUCCUACGUGCUGCAGUACAACGGUGACGACUCGGUGAUCUACACUUACCCCGGGAAAAGGUCUCGCACGCUCGACGACCACAUCGCCAUGAACUUCAAGACUCUGGAGCAGGACGGACUGCUGCUCCACAGCGAGGGGGUCCAGGGAGACCUUUUCACCCUGGAGCUGAAGAGAGGACGUCUCUACCUCCACAUCAGCCUCGGGAGUAGCGUUAUACACAAAACAGACGGCCGGACCACUUUGGUGGCUGGCAGCCUUCUGGAUAACCUCCACUGGCAUUACGUCACCAUCAGGCGCUCGGGCCGACGGGUGAACCUCACCGUGGACAGCCAGACGGUGACGGCCAACUGUAACGGAGAGUUUAGCCACUUGGAUCUGGACAACAAGUUGUACGUUGGUGGAGUGAUAGAACCAAACAUGCCUCACCUGCCCACCACCCCAAACUUCCGGGGCUGCCUGGAGAACGUCUUCAUCAAUGACAUCAAUAUCAUCUAUAAGGCGAAGAGUGGAGAAGAGGACAUCGUAAUACCAAGAAAGAAAGAGAUGUACUUUGCUUGCCGCGACAUCCUCCUCAAGCCGAUGACCUUCGCCGGACCCAACAACUACCUGCAAGUGCCAGGCUUCUUCAGGAAGCCGCGGAUGUUUGUCAAGUUUAAGUUCCGCUCGUGGGACUACACGGGGCUGCUCAUGUUCACACGCUUCGCCGACGACCUGGGCGCCCUGGAGCUGGGUUUAAGCGAGGGCCAGAUCAACGUAACCAUUUUUCAGCCCGGCAAGAAGAAACUGCAGUUUGCCGCAGGCUACAGGCUCAACGACGGUUACUGGCAUUCAGUGGACUUGGCAGCCAGAGAUAACCUUCUCACCCUCACAAUCGACGAGGAAGAGGGUUCCCCGCUGAAGAUCACCAACCCCUUCACCGUACGCACCGGGGACCGCUACUUCUUUGGAGGAUGCCCGAAAACUAACAACACGGUACAGAAGUGCGAGACCAAGCUGAACCGCUUCCACGGCUGCAUGCAGCACAUCUUCAUAGACAACGAGCAGCUGGACAUCGACAUCGUCCUGCAGCGACAGUGGGGGCGCUAUGCCGAACUGCUGUUAGGAACGUGUGGCAUCACUGACAGAUGUACUCCCAAUCCCUGUGAGCACGAAGGCCGAUGCAUCCAGUCCUGGGAUGACUUCAUCUGUCUUUGUGAAAACACAGGCUAUAAAGGAGAAGUGUGUCAUAUGUCUGUUUAUAAAGAGUCAUGUGAGGCCUACAGGCUCAGCGGCAAGUACUGGUCCGGGAACUACACCAUCGAUCCAGAUCUGAGUGGACCGCUGAAGCCAUUCGAGGUGUACUGUAAAAUGAAGUCCUACAAAGCUUGGACCGUGAUUCUGCACGACCGUGUGCAUGGUACCAAGGUGUCGGGGAGUUCAAUAGACAAGCCGUACAUCGGCAAUGUCAACUACUGGAAUGCCUCCUGGGAUGAAGUCACAGCCCUGGCCAACACUUCCAUUUACUGCGAGCAGUGGGUAGACUACUCCUGCUACAAGUCCCGCUUCCUCAACACGCCUGAUGGAAGACCUUUUGGUUACUGGAUUGGCCGCAACAAUGUGAGUCACUAUUACUGGGGCGGAACAUUCAGAGAAGUCCAAAAGUGCGGUUGUGCAAUAAACCAAACCUGCGUUGACCCGAAGUAUCAAUGCAACUGUGAUGCAGACUACAGACAAUGGUACUCAGAUAAAGGAUACUUGGACUAUAGGGACCACCUUCCUGUCAGGAAAGUGGUGAUUGGUGACACAAACAGGACUGGCUCAGAAGCACAGUUCACAGUAGGACCCUUACGCUGCCAUGGCGACAGAAACAUUUGGAACACUGUAUCCUUCACCAAGCCCGCCAACAUCACCUUCCCAACCUUCAGGCCGGGCUCCAGCGCCGACAUCUCGUUCCACUUCAAAACGUAUCGAUACGACUCGGUCUUCUUGGAAAACUCUGAUGACCACCUUCGGAACUUUAUCCGGAUAGAGCUCAACACCACUCAUAACCUUGUAUUCAUAUUCAUGGUGGGGGAUGGCAUCCAGAACGUAACCCUACGCUCCCCCGUACCACUCAAUGACAACGAGUGGCAUUUCGUCCAGGCUGAGCUCAAUGUAAAGUUGGCUCGGAUUAAAGUCGACUACCAACCUUGGACUGUCAGGCGUUUCCCCAGUCAGACUUUUGUCACCAUGGAGUUCACCAAUCCUCUUGUAGUAGGUUCACGCAAUUUCACCCAGAAACCCUUCUUGGGCUGUCUCCGAGGGCUACGGAUGAAUGGUGUUCCUCUGGAUUUGGAAGGGAAGGUCGAUGAGGAAAGAGGUAUCAGGAGGAACUGUACUGGGCAGUGUCUCAAUGCGACCAUACCGUGUCGCCACAGUGGACAGUGUAUUGAGGGCUACGCCUCAUACUCGUGUGACUGCAACAAUACCGCAUUUGAUGGGUUCUACUGCCAUAAAGACAUCGGAGCCUAUUUUGAGAUUGGGUCCUGGCUGAGGUACAACGUGCGGAAGAAGCCAAUAUCCGACGAAGCGGCGUGGGCCAACUGGAUUGACCCACAUUACGACAAUUUCAGUUUGGGCUACAACGACACGGCGGACGACAUUGAGUUUAGUUUCAGCACCGUGUACAAGCCGGCCGUGUUGCUCUACAUCAGCUCCUUUGUCCAUGACUACAUCGCUGUGGUCCUCAAGACCGAUGGUAGUGUGGAUCUGAGAUACAAACUGGGACUCAUUACCCACAAGUACGAGCUGACUCGGAGAAACCUGGCAGAUGGAUACCCGCAUUACAUUAAUAUAACCAGACACAACAGGACCAUCAAAACACAGGUGGAUUACAUGGAGCCCAUUGUGGAGAAGAUCACUUUAGUGGAGGAUGCAAGAUUUGACUCUCCGAAAUCCAUGUUCUUGGGCAGAGUGAUGGAGGUUGGAGACAUCGACUACGAGAUCCAGAGGCACAACGCCCCGGGCUUCAUCGGCUGCAUAUCAGGAGUGAGAUACAAUGUCUAUGCCCCCCUAAAGGCUUUCUUCCGGCCCAAUGAAACGGACCCUCCGGUAACGACACAAGGCUAUGUCUCCGAGUCGAUCUGUGGCGCCUUCCCGCCUGUCCUUGGUUAUGUGCCGUGGGAAGUAGAUCCUUGGUUUACGAGCAUAGAGUAUAUAUACAUCCAUGACGACCUUGGCCUGUUCUGGAUAAUAGUCGUCGUCAUCCUGGCGCUGCUGCUGCUGCUGGCGGGCUUGUACGCCAUCUACGUGUACGCGUACCAACAGAAGGGCAGCUACCGCACCAACGAGCCCAAAAACCUGGAGUCCCCCAGCAGCUCCCGACCCCUGACGGAAACCCUGAGGCGGGAUAAGAAGGGUCUCGGUGGUAUUGAAGAGUAGCUUGCAGCUUACUUACAGGGGACCAAUGGGACACUGACUUUGGGAGGGACUUAAGAUUAUGUUACGUUCUUAUGAUUAUAUGCGAAUUGCUAGUGGGUUUGACUCAGUGGACAGCCUCAAACUUAUUGAAAGGUUUAGCAUUCACACUUCAAAACAGUGCGGUAGUUAAAGGGAUGAACAACGCUACACUAGCCCUUAAAGAAGACAUGGAUCAGAUUGGAUUAAAGUGGUCAGAGUCUGUGGGACCACCACAAACCCAAAACCGAUGUAAUAAACAUGCUGCAUCUAUCCAAACAGGUGUUCCCUAUUGUCAACAUUUUUGUGUACGUUUUCAUAUAAAGGUGGGGAACCCGCAUUAUACGUUGGUGUCCAUCCGGGGUGUGUUCUUGGGCCCACAUUGUUGUGUGGUCUGCAACUGGAGUUGGAGAAAGGGCAGAUUUACUAACCUUGACUUUCUUGACGAUGCCGUCCUUGUUGUUACUGAAGACCUAAUCUCUGGAAUUAUCUCUAGUGACCUGGUUAAAGAUCAAAAUGGAGCCAGUCUUAUCGUAAAGGGCCACUUAACAGUGUGUGACGGCAGGUUCACUUACCUUGCAAUGUCCACUCUUCGUAAACCGGAGUAUUUGGUUCCCCAGAUAACUAUGGUCCAUCCAAACCGUAGAUUCCUGGCUCACCUGUUCUUGCUUAUGGUUAACCUGUGACCUCGGACUGUACUCCUUUGGUAUCAACUACCAAGUCUCUAGAAAAACCCUUGGAUAUGUAUAUCAAUCAAUGCUUAUUUAUUUGGCCUAAAUCACAAGUGUCUCUAUAUCGGUUUUCCAAGGAGAUCCGGAUAGGACGUUAAUGGGCCAUUCGCCAAAUAAGACCACUGUUCACACAAAAUGAUCCCACUGAUAAGAGCUAAGGUGGACCAGACCCAAAAAGUGGUCACUGGCAAUGGUGCCUUAGUCUUUAGUAGCCACAUUUAGUUGGGUCAGUCAAAGAUUUAAAUAAAUCAAGUUACCUUGCAAUGUCCACUCUUCAUAAACCAGAGUCUUUGGUUCCCCAGAUAACUAUGGUCCAUCCCAAACCGUAGAUUCCUGGCACACCUGUUCUUGCUCAUGGUUGUUAGACCUGGAUGUUAACCUGUGACCUCGGACUGUACUCCUUUGGUAUCAACUACCAAGUCUCUAGAAAAACCCUUGGAUAUGUAUAUCGGUUUUCCAAGGAGAUCCGGAUAGGACGUUAAUGGGUCAUUCGCCAAAUAAGACCACUGUUCACACAGAAUGAUCCCACUGAUAAGAGCUAAGGUGGACCAGACCCAAAAAGUGGUCACUGGCAAUGGUGCCUUAGUCUUUAGUAGCCACAUUUAGUUGGGUCAGUCAAAGAUUUAAAUCAAUGAAGUUAUUUUACGGUCUGUCAUCUAUAAAUAUUGAAACAAGUAGGCAAAGGGCACAAGCGAUUCAGACCGAGUGUAGUUUGCUGCCUAAACGGGCUGCAAAAGAAGCCAAACAAGGAAGGAAACGAGAAAAGCACUCUGCCACACAAAGUCUUGAAUCCAGACGGUGAUCCAGAUCAGCACCAAAAUGUAAUCACUUGGUCCUUAUCCUAUUUCUGUCAUUUUCCGUAGGUUUAAUGACAAUCUGGUCAUCAUUUUUUGAGCCGUCUGUAGCGGAAUGAAAGAAACGAAGGGAAGCCUUUUGUCAGUCAUCCACUCUCUUUGUCUCUGUGGGUGGAGGCGGGCAUUCUAGCACACACACAGAGACGUAGAGGUUCGUAACAUAGUAGAAAUGAUCCGGCUCAACCGGAAAAUGUAACAACUUGUUUUUUAAGCCAUCUCUGGUAGCUUUUGUGAAAAUCUGGACGUAAUUUUUGAGCAAUCGAUAUAGGAAUGAAAGAAACAUAGUGAACACUCUUGUCUGUUUGCGCUAUUUUUGUCUCUGCAGGGCCACUACCCUACACACACACACAGUGUGUAUUGCAGAACAGGGAUAUGUUUUCACCCCCAAAAUGUGUAACUCUGGCAAAAGAAACAGUCCAAAGUGGGGCUUGGGGGCCAUUUAGGGCCCGCAGCUCCAGUUUUGUUAGCCCUCAGAGUUAUAUUGAGAUUAAAACAGUUGUUUUUGUAAGAAAAAAACAACAGUAAACACGAAAGAAAAUAAAAAA